AUGUCCCACGCCGACCAUACAAGAGACCCCUGCCCGUGGGUGAUACUGAACGACUUUGGCGGCGCAUUUGCGAUGGGCGCUGUCGGCGGCGGAAUAUGGCACGGUAUCAAAGGCGCGCGCAACUCGCCCCGUGGCGAACGGCUAACAGGCGCAAUCUCAACAAUCAAAGCCCGCGCGCCCGUCACCGGCGGCAACUUCGGCGUCUGGGGCGGCAUGUUCUCCACGUUCGACUGCGCGGUCAAGGGCUGGAGGCAGAAGGAGGACGCGUGGAACGCGAUUAUAAGCGGGUUUAUGACGGGCGGGUGUCUUGCGGCGCGAAGUGGGCCGCGCGCGGCGUUCUCGAGCGCGGUGGCGUGCGGGGUGUUGCUGGGCGUGUUCGAGGGCGUGGGCGUGGUGUUUGGACGGGUGUUUGCGCAAAAACCGGAGUUGCCGCCAUUACCCGAGGGCACCGCGCCCGUAUAG